AUGGCCGACGUAGCUGCGAAGCCCGUCGAGGGCGAUGCCGCCUCUGAGAAGACUCGCGAGCUGCAAACAUCAAACAGCUCCACUCGGACCUUGACUCCGCGAGAGAGCGACGAGCGGCAGGAAGACAAGUCAUCCGAGGAGAAACCCAUCGAGUCUGAGAUUGAGAGUAAGAGGCCGCUAGAGAAAGCAACAGUCCAGUCCUCGGCGAUAUCAGCAAACGAAAGCCAUGCCGAUGUGUCGAAGCAGCCUGAUAUCGACGAAGACGUCGAUGAGAAGGCCGAUCUCGAGGGAGGACCACCCACGGGACCAUCGCCAGUAUUCGAUGAAGCCGAGGAAAACUUCAAACCGAAAACCAUCACCUUCUGGCUCGUCAUCUUGUCCAACUUUGUCGCAAUGUUUCUCGUUGCUCUGGAUCGCACAAUCAUUGCCACGGCAAUUCCUCGCAUUACUGAUGAGUUUCAGAGCCUGGGCGAUAUUGGCUGGUACGGUUCGGCAUACAUGCUCACAACUGCUGCGUCGCAGUUGGUCUUUGGUAGGAUUUACAAGUUUUACAAUCUGAGAGGAGCAUUUCUUAGCAGCAUCCUCAUCUUCGAAAUCGGCUCGCUCAUCUGCGGUGUUGCGCCGAGCUCGCCGGUCCUCAUUGCGGGCAGAGCCAUUGCGGGCGUCGGUUCGGCUGGCAUUUUCACGGGAGCGAUGAUGGUCAUGAUUCCCAUGAUUCCUUUGCACAAGAGACCCAUGUUCCAAGGCAUCUUUGGUAUGGUCUUUGGCCUGGCGUCUGUCAUUGGACCCUUGGUUGGCGGUGGUUUUACGAGCAACGUCACAUGGAGGUGGUGCUUCUACAUCAACCUUCCCAUUGGAGGCGUGGCAUUCGUCUUCCUGUUCUUCAUGCUCAAGGCUCCUAGGCGGCAGCCCCAAGAGCCGGCGACUUUGCUCCAGCACAUUAAGCGGCUGGAUCCCUUGGGUACGCUCUUCUUCGUCCCAUCCGUCGUGUGUAUUCUUCUGGCGCUGGAGUGGGGUGGCUCCAAGUAUGCGUGGAACGAUGGCCGGAUCAUCGCGUUGUUUGUCAUCUUUGGGGUUGCGUUCAUGGCGUUCGCCGCCGUCCAGGUCCUCAUGCCCAAGACCGCCACUGUGCCUGUCAGAAUCAUCAAGCAGAGAACCAUGCUGGCGGGUGCGUUCUUCAUGCUAUUUUUGGCCGGCUCAAUGAUGCUGGCAGUAUACUACCUGCCCAUCUGGUUCCAAGCCGUGCAGGGGGCCAAUCCCGUCAACUCGGGAAUUUACACCAUACCUCUCGUCCUCAGCAUCGUGGUAUCCUCCAUCAUCUCGGGUGGCGCGACACAGAAGAUCGGAUAUUACGUACCGUCCAUGAUUCUUUGCCCAUGCAUCAUGUCCGUAGGCCUGGGCCUGAUGAGCACUUUCCAGCCAGGCAUCAGCUCCGGGCAUUGGAUCGGCUACCAAUUCCUGACUGGAUUCGGCCUGGGCUUCGGUAUGCAGACCGUUGGGCUUGCGGUGCAGGCGGUCCUCCCCAAGGAGGAUGUGUCAACCGGUGUCUCGAUCAGCUUCUUUGCCCAGCAACUCGGAGCGGCCAUCUUCGUCUCGGUCGGGCAGUCCAUCCUCAGCAAUUUGCUCGUGUCGGAGCUCUCGGGCAUUCCGGGCCUGUCCGCGCAGGCUAUUAUCAACACUGGCGCCACCAACUUGCACACCGUUGUGCCGGCGCAGUUCUUGGGCGUGGUGGUCCAGGCAUACAAUUACGCCUGCACGCGGAUCUUUUUGGCUGGCAUGGGUCUGUCUCUCGCGACGCUGGUGUGCGCCUUAUUCAUGGAGUGGAAGAACAUCAAGAAGAAUAAGAAGCAGCAGCGGGCCAAGCAGCGGGCCAGUCAGUUGAGGCCGGGCGACAUGGGUGCGUAG